GCGCGAUCAAAUAUGCAGGAUGUCGACCCGACGAAGGACGCUAUGCGAAGAUGAGCCUUCUUGGCAACGUAGAGCGUAUGAGCGUCAUCGUUCUAGAGUAAAAACAGCCAAACCGACCGUAGACGUGAAACCUCCGGAGGGCAGACCUCACGUCUCAUUCAAUGCGAAAAGAUUGCAAUUGGAGCGAGAACGCCAAGCGCGUAUUCUCAGGGACAAUUUUAUCUUAUUGAAAAAACUUCGCGAAAUCAUGCACCGGAAGCGACAGAUCGCGGAGGACACUCAGCGAGUUCAGUGGCAGGAAUCUAGAUGCGUGAGGACUCGUUAGAGAGACAAGACAUCGACGAAAAAUAAUUUUGUUUUCUCGAUUAUUAUAUUCGUGAUUUAUAUAUAUUCUUAUAUUUUUUGUGUAUCUUAUUUGCGAUGUAAAAAUGUGCAAAUACAAUUAUCUGUUCGAUUUUAAUCAAUCUUGUAUCUAUAACAGGUUUUU